GUCACUGGGGUUGACAUCGACUCAGCGCCGAGAUUUUUAGUAGUCUCCCACACCUUCAACUAGUAAUAGUUGGUCCGAAAGGUUAGAGGGUGAAACUUGCGCAGGCGCAGUGUGAACGGCAACAUGGCUUCCCGGGCCAAAAGGAGAGCUGUGGGGAGCGGGGUUCCUCAGCUGCGGGGAGCCCAGGUCCGUUGUGAAGAGGAAGAGGAGGAAAAUGAAGUGGAAGACGAGGACGAGGACAGUGAAGACAGUGACGAAGAAGAGGACGAAGAUGACGAGAUCGUGGACGAGGAAGUGAAUAUUGAAUUUGAAGCUUAUUCCAUCUCAGAUAAUGAUCAUGAUGGAAUUAAGAAAUUACUACAGCAGCUUUUCCUAAAGGCUCCUGUGAAUACUGCAGAACUAACAGAUCUCUUAAUUCAACAGAACCAUAUUGGGAGUGUGAUUAAGCAAACGAAUGUUUCAGAAGACAGUGAUGAUGAUGAGGAUGAAGAUGAGAUUUUUGGUUUCAUAAGCCUUUUAAAUUUAACCGAAAGAAAGGGUACCCAGUGUGCUGAACAAAUUAAAGAGUUGAUUCUAAGCUGCUGUGAGAAGAACUGUGAAAAGAACAUGGUUGAACAGCUGGAGAAGCUUUUAAAUGACAACACCAAGCCUGUGGGCUUUCUGCUAAGUGAAAGAUUCAUUAAUGUCCCUCCACAGAUCGCUCUGCCCAUGCACCAGCAACUUCAGAAAGAACUAGCAGAGGUACACAAAACUAAUAAGCCAUGUGGGAAGUGCUACUUCUAUCUUCUGAUUAGUAAGACGUUUGUGGAAGUAGGAAAAACCAAUUCUAAAAAGAAAUGGAGCACCCAAAAGAAGGAUGAGUUGAUGUUUGCAAAUGCAGAGGAAGAAUUUUUCUAUGAGAAGGCAGUCCUGAAGUUCAACUACUCAGUGCAAGAGGAGGGUGACACUUGUCUGGGAGGCAGGUGGUCUUUUGAUGAUGUACCAAUGAAGCCCUUGCGAACUGUGAUGUUAAUUCCAGGAGACAAGAUGAGUGAAAUCAUGGAUAAACUGAAAGAACAUCUAUCGGUAUAGCCAAUUUCCCAUGGACAGUGAGUGAUGGGCUUGUUUUUGUAAAAUUAUCAGAAAACCCAGUGGAGAUUUACUGGAAAACUCAUGACUUUAUUCAGAUUAAAGUCCUCUACAAAAAGUAGGGUUCUGUUCCAUGUGUCUGUGACACAUUUACAAAAUGCUUUUUAAAAAAAAUUUUGGACAAAUUAUGAAUAGUUGAUUAAAAACUUCCAAUAAGACAAAAAAAAAUGGAGUAGGAAUUUAAAGAACUCAAUAAAAAUGCCUCUAUUUUUUAUUUUAAAA